AUGGAUUGCUGCAUAAUCGGUAAACUCAAAUCCGAACCUCUCUGGUUCCUCCUUCUCUUCUCACUCGGUCUCUUCAUCAUUCUCAGAUUCGCUUUAACAUUUCUCAACUGGGUCUAUGUCAAUUUUCUCAGACAACCCAAAAACCUCAAAAAGUACGGAUCUUGGGCACUCGUUACAGGACCCACAGACGGCAUUGGAAAAAGCUUCGCCUUUGAACUCGCUCGCAAAGGCCUGAACCUAAUCCUUGUCGGUCGCAACCCCGACAAACUCAAAGACGUUUCAGAUUCUAUCAUAGCCAAGUUCGGAAAAACCGAGGUUAAAACCGUUGUCGUUGAUUUCACCGGUGAUCUCGACGAGGGUGUGAACAGAAUUCGUGAAACUAUUGAAGGGUUGGAUGUUGGGGUGUUGGUUAACAACGUGGGGAUUUCUUACCCUUACGCGAGAUUCUUCCAUGAAUUGGAUGAGGAGCUUCUGAAGAAUUUGAUUAAGGUGAAUGUUGUUGGAACUACUAAGGUUACACAUGCUGUUUUGCCUGGGAUGUUGAAGAGAAAGAAGGGAGCUAUUGUUAACAUUGGUUCGGGUGCUGCUAUUGUUAUUCCUUCUGAUCCACUUUAUGCGGUUUAUGCUGCCACUAAAGCGUACAUUGAUCAAUUUUCUAGAUGUCUCUAUGUUGAAUACAAGAAGAGUGGGAUUGAUGUGCAGUGUCAGGUUCCAUUAUAUGUGGCAACAAAGAUGGCCUCAAUCAAGAGAUCUUCGUUCUUUGUUCCAUCAACAGACGGCUACGCGAAAGCAGGUGUGAAAUGGAUAGGCUACGAACCUCGUUGCACACCGUAUUGGCCACAUACCCUUCUUUGGGCUGUGGCAUGUUCGUUGCCUGAGUACGUAGUUGAUACUUGGCGCCUCGGGUUUUGUAUGGGUAUUAGAAAGAGGGGGCAGCUCAAAGACUCGAGGAAGCAGGAAUAA